ACAGUUCCACAGAUGUGUUGAAUCUGCCAUUUAUAAUGAAAUUCCGUGUUAUUAUCAGUUCAUACACUUAUAGAUUUAUAAACUGGGGGUGUCAGUGUGUUUUAAUGUAAUAAUUCAGUGUAAACACAAUGACACGAUGCUGAUAUAAUAAUUCAUUAAGAGUAAAUAUGAAAUAAAUAAACACAGAUAUUUCCAGAAGAAAGCUGAAUGUGAGAAUAUGACCUGCUCCACGUUCCUCUUCAUCCCUCGAGAGCGUCCUUGAUGAAAUAUGUCUUAUCUGAGAUUCUGGCCUUCAUGUAGCGGUAUAAAACCAUGCAGCGUGUCGUCCUCGCUCUGCCGGCCAUCUCUCUCUCUCUCUCUCACACACACACACACACCGGCAUCAUGCUGUCGGCCUUGGCCAAGCUGUGCUGUGGGAUUUCAUACCAACAUCUCCGGAGUGUGACAGGUCUGCAGCGUACAGCCAUGGCAGCUUUAGGGCAGGAAAUCGCCCACAUGCAGAAGAGAGGGAAGCUCUGCUUGGGGAUCAGGAGCUGGGACGUGGUGUGGAGCUGGAGGAAGAUCAGUGAGGAGACGGAGCGGACAGACGGCCGGAGUGACGGUGUGGAGGACAUGGACCUGUCGUACCAGCAGCAGGGACACGAAGCUCUACAGGAAGCUCUGGACAUCACACGGAACGCUGAGGGCUGGAGGACGGAAAUCACACAGGACAGUGGUGAGGUGAUCUACAGUAAAGUCGUUCAGGGGAAUCAUAAGGUGUUCAGACUGGAGACUGAACUCGACGCCUCACCUGAUGAGAUAUACGAGCUUCUGUUUGUGAAAGUGGAGGAGAUGAACGAGUGGAACCCCAACAUCGCACACAUCAAGGUACUGAAACACAUAGGGAAGGAAACCAUGGUAACACACGAGGUUUCAGCAGGAAAAGCAGGGAAUCUUAUUGGUCAGCGGGACUUCCUGAGUGUCAGGCAUUCGCUGAAGACUAAGCACUGUAUUUACCUGGGCGGAGCUGCGACUCACCUGGAGGCUUUCCCACCACAGCCAGGAUUCAUCAGAGCUGAAGAUGGUCCCACGUGUAUUAUAAUCCAGCCUUUACCGUGCUGCUCUGGAAAGAGUAAACUCACCUGGCUGCUCAACAUGGACGUGAAGGGCUGGCUUCCUAAAUCUUUGGUGAAUCAGGCACUCCCUCAGGCUCAACUCGACUUCACGAGACACCUACGGAGACGACUGGAGAUGGGCAGGAAAUGAGCUCUUGCUAAGGCUAACACACACACACACACACACACACACACACACACACACAAACACACACACAGACACACACUCACACUCACACAAACACACACACACACAAUUGAAAGAAUCAGAUUAAAAUCAUCCUGAUAUUCAGGUUUAAACGUCUGAAUACCAAUAAACUGGACGAAUAAACAAAUAAACUGGUUACAUUUCACCACUAUUAUACACACACAUGAUGAUGAUGAUGAUGAUGAGGAGGAGGAGGAGGAGGAUGAUGAUGAUAUAGGAAUGAUGACCUCAUCUGUAAUCCUGUUUCCUUUCUUCCAAACACAAAGCUCAGAUGUGGAGAAUGAUGGUUUUAAUUUGUCCUCAUGAAGGUUUACUCACGUGAACAGUUCUUAAAUAAAAAUAUGUUCAAAAUCAAAUCCACUUGAUCUAAUGCUCCUGAUUAUGAGAUUAUAUAAGUAAUACACAAUUAUGACUAACAUUCUUUACAAUUUUUCUAAUUUCAAGCUUUAAAUCAUUGUAAGCA